GCAGUGGGCAUGCAGUACAACUUGGUACGGUGUCUGAAACAGUCGAACUUGGAAGCCACUACUAUGAAUCCUCUGCGCACCCUUUGCGUUCUGGCCUGCCUUCUGGCGGCCGCCAUGGGUAAUCCCCAGUCUGGCAACCGUUCCGGUCGCCGAUCCAACUCCCUGGACAGUGUGGAGCAGCCCAGCAACUGGCUGAACCCGCGGGAAAUCGAGGAUCUGCCCAACCUGAAGCAGGUUAGCCUUAAGAAGCUGCAGGAGAUGAGCCUGGAGGAGGGCGCCACGCUGUUGGACAAGCUCUACCAUCUGUCCCAGUUCAACCACGUCUUCCAGCCCGAUUACACCCCGGAACCCAGCCAAAUCAAGGGCUACAUUGUCGGCGAGCGCGGCCAGAAGAUCGAGUUCAACCUGAACACUCUGGUGGAGAAGGUGAAGCGCCAGCAGAAGUUCGGCGACGAUGAGGUCACCAUCUUCAUCCAGGGCCUGCCCGAGACCAACACCCAAGUGCAGAAGGCAACCAGGAAACUGGUGCAGGCCUACCAGCAGCGUUACAACCUCCAGCCCUACGCGUCCACCGAUUACUCCAGCGAGGAGCAGAGCCAGAGGAGCUCCAGCGAGGAGCAGCAAACGCAGCAGCGCAGGAAGCAGAACGGCGAACAGGAUGACACCAAGACCGGUGACCUGAUUGUGAUCCAGCUGGGCAAUGCCAUCGAGGACUUCGAACAGUACGCCACCCUGAACAUUGAGCGCCUGGGCGAGAUCAUUGGCAACCGUCUGGUUGAGCUGACCAACACCGUGAACGUGCCCCAGGAGAUCAUCCAUCUGAUUGGCUCCGGACCCGCUGCCCAUGUCGCCGGAGUGGCUGGACGCCAGUUCACCCGCCAGACCGGACACAAGUUGCGCCGCAUCACCGCCCUGGACCCCACUAAGAUCUACGGCAAGCCCGAGGAGCGACUGACCGGACUGGCCCGUGGUGAUGCCGACUUCGUCGAUGCCAUCCACACCUCCGCCUACGGCAUGGGCACCAGCCAGCGUUUGGCCAACGUGGACUUCUUCCCCAACGGACCCUCGACCGGUGUGCCCGGUGCCGAUAAUGUUGUUGAGGCCGCCAUGCGUGCCACCCGCUACUUUGCCGAGUCCGUGCGUCCCGGUAACGAGAGGAACUUCCCCGCCGUGGCCGCCAGCUCGUACCAGGAGUACAAGCAGAACAAGGGCUAUGGCAAGCGCGGCUACAUGGGCAUCGCCACCGAUUUCGAUCUGCAGGGCGACUACAUUCUGCAGGUGAACUCGAAGAGCCCCUUCGGCAGGAGCACUCCCGCCCAGAAGCAGACCGGCUACCACCAGGUCCACCAGCCCUGGCGCCAGUCCUCCUCCAACCAGGGUUCCCGCCGUCAGUAGAUCAUCGCACAGUGAUCCAUCGAUGACAACCAGAUCGCACACCCCUCAUGCGAGCGAACCACUCCAGCCCCAUCCUCAUCCGGCGGAUCCCUCUGCCAGUUGCAUCCACUAUGUAUAGUUAGCUUUGUUUUUUAAUUCACAAUAAAAAACCUUUGCAAUUUUAAA